AAUAGACCCAGAAAUGGGUGGGUAUCCUCAGCAUCAAGUAUUCUGCCCAUUCCUGCUCCUGCUCAUGUUCUGUCCCUUCACAACUUUGCACUGAAUCAUUCCAUUUGUAGGGUGUAAUGUUCUGCCUCUAGACCUCAGUUUGGGUUGUGUCUUUUAAAAACAAAAUGAACCUGUGACUCUCCAGAUGUUCAGCUCAGCUCCCCUCAGCCAGUAUGGUCAGUGGUCAGAGAUAAUGGGAAUUGUAGUCCAGCAACAUCUGGAGGUCCACAGGUCAUUCCACCUGUGUUGUAUAGAUGCCCUAUAAAACAAAUGAGAAAACUACUGCUAAACUUGAAAGCUAUCUAUCUCAAUCUGUUAAUUUUGUUACAGGUAGGUAGCCGUGUUGGUCUGAGUCGAAACAAAAUUAAAAAAAAUCAUUCAGUAGCACCUUAAAGACCAACUAAGUUUUUAUUUUGGUAUGAGCUUUCGUGUGCAUGCACACUUCUUCAGAUACACUGAAACAGAAGUAACCAGACCCUUAUGUAUAUUCAGAGGGUGGUGGUGGGGGUGAUGGGAAUGGGUGAUGGGCUGAUAGGAGCGGUAAUUUUGUGUAUUACCGUUUGGAUCAACCUGACUUCUUCCCACUGGAAGUUGGGACUCUGGCUUUGAAGUAAAUUAAUGUCCUUGAGUUAGGAUGUCCUCUGGGUGGUACGACUUAGAGCAGGCAUCCCCAAACUGCGGCCCUCCAGAUGUUUUGGCCUACAACUCCCACGAUCCCUAGCUAACAGGACCAGUGGUCAGGGAUGAUGGGAAUUGUAGUCCAAAACAUCUGGAGGGCCGCAGUUUGGGGGUGCCUGACUUAGAGGAUCAACUGAACAACCUGUGUCAUCCCUGCCACUUGCAGCAUGAUGAACAUAAUGUAUGUUUUAUGUACUUCUUUAUGGGUUGUACUUGGAUUGCAUUGAAAUCAGGUAAGUUGUGACUUCCAAGUUUCAUUGAUUUCAGUGGUAGCCAAGUGGGACUAACAUGGAAACGACCCUGGGUAUUGAUGCAAAGUAUGCAUUAAAUCAUUAAAUGGGCUGCAACUAAAAGGCAUCUAACAAGUGUAAAAAGAAGGUUUUCCAAACGUACCAAAAACAUUACUUACCUGGGGCACCAUUUGAUCUCUGGUUAACCCUUCGAGGGAGGUUUAUGGCCCAGCAUUCUUUUGUAGAGGAAGCAUUUUUCUACGGAGGGGCGUUCACACCCUCUCAACUAGCCCUAGGAAAUUGCUAGCAUCUUCUAGAAGGAUGCUGGGGGAUUUCUCUGUUUACUAAACUAGCCUAAUCUAAUUUCAUACCUACUAAGAAGGCAAAUCCUGGAUUAACCUGGCCUGGCAAGGAGGGGAUCAGGAAGGCAGCUUCAGCCUGCUGUUUCCCCAGCACAUUGGAUAAGGUGACAAGGACCGGGACAAUAUCUCCGCCUUCAAAAGGGGUCUGCGGGCAGAGAAGAAUUUCUGCUCAAUUCUCUAGAGUUGGUUGGACAUUAGUACGAUCAAAAUAGAUUGGGAGUAGAAGGUGAAUUGAAGUGGGUCUGUUCCAGCAAGGCAUUGUAAAACAAAAAGUUCUCCGGAAAAGCCGCUAGCAGCUCUGCCAUGGAGGAAACGUAUCUGCUUAACGUGGAAGGAGUCAAGAAAAAGAUUUUACAUGGCGGCCACGGUCCGUUGCCAGAUUUCAAAGAUGGGAGCAAGAUCACAUUCCACUUCCAAACGCUAAAAGACAACUUUGAGAGAACGGUUAUAGAUGACAGCCGGGGCCCUGGCAUCCCCAUGGAGAUUAUUGUGGGGAAGAUGUUCAAAAUUGAGGUGUGGGAGACCCUUCUAACUUCCAUGCGGAUCGGCGAGGUGGCAGAGUUCUGGUGUGAUGCUAUUCACACAGGAAUGUACGCCUUAGUCUCCAAGGGCAUGAGGAAAAUUGCCGAGGGCAAGGACCCUCUGGAGGGCCAGAAGCAUCGCUGUGGGAUGGGCAACAUGUUCGAUUACCACACCACAGGCCACGCAGACCUGGAUGAACUACAGCAGACGCCACAGCCCCUUAUUUUCAUUAUGGAGCUGUUCAAAGUAGAGGAUCCCUCUUCCUACAAGCGGGAUACGUGGGCCAUGAACAACGAGGAGAAGCUGCUGGCUGUGCCGAAGCUGCACACGGAGGGCAACCGACUGGUCCUUUCCAGGAAAUUCAAGGAAGCGGCAGAGAAAUACCAGGAAGCUGUCAUCUGCUUGCGCAAUAUCCAGGCCAAGGAGAAGCCAUGGGAUGAAGACUGGAUGAAGCUGGAGAAUCUCAUUACACCUCUUGUGCUGAACUACUGCCAGUGCCAGCUGGAGUUGGGGGAGUAUUAUGAGGUGCUGGAGCACACAACCGACCUCCUGCAGAAGAACAACGGUGAGUGGUACCUCCAGCUUGCUACUUGCAGAACCCUCCUCUAUCCUUUUCUGCAUGUGCCAGGACCCUACACUGCAUGAUCAUAGAGAUGUGCUCCAGCAUUCCUCCCGUUGUCCCGUUGUCCUGAGACUACACAUCUCACAUCACAUACAAUUUUAUUGGCCACCCAUGAAGACAUCAAUGACCAAUGCAAUUACUUGGGCGGUUUGUUAAGACUGGGUGACUCUGAGCUCACACGCUUUGUUCCUUUACGUUAUUUAUGCUUCCAAAAAGAGCAAAGCAAACAUUUGAUACCA